AUGGGGCAGGGCACUUCCCGGAAUGAAACAGCGAUUCAAAGAAAGAUGUUACGGCGUGUGUUUGUGGCCGGCACUCAAACGUGUCGCGGAAUCGCAUCGACGCGUGGGGAUUUGCCCAUUCCCGCGCAUGGGGACGCCAAGCGAAAGUCAGUCGAGCUGAUUCUCGGAGAGGCUGAGGCAAAGGCUCCUGUCACAGUGGCCACUGAGGAAUCAUCAGCAAUCUCGGGAGUCCCUGAAGAGCACCAAUUUGGUCGAACUGUGCGCAUUUUCCGACCAACUCGCGAGGCCACCCAAACCGCCUGGAACAAUACGAAGCUCUGGAAAAUCGAGAUUGACAACCGAGAACGCUGGGAAAACUCGCUGAUGGGGUGGAUAUCGACCGGUGAUCCUUUGUCGAACACGUCCAUGCAAUUGGAUUUCGCUUCAAAGGAAGACGCGAUCGCUUUCUGCGAGAAGAACAAUUGGACCUGGGAGUUAGAGAAAGAGCAAAUUCGCGAGAUCAAGCCAAAGAGCUACGGCUGGAAUUACUCGUGGAACAAGCGGUGUCGCAACUCAACAAAA